AACGCACGCGUGCGACCGUCCACUCAACAUCUAGGGGUGGGACUGGCUUCAGGCAGGGCUGGGGAGAUAGGUGGAGCUGAGCCCACAUUCUCCAAUGGAGUGGAGGCAGAGGCGGACCCAGUGGCCGAAGGAGCAUGGCGUGGAGACAAUUGCGAAAGCGGGCCCUGGAUGCAGCCAUCAUCCUCGGAGGCGGAGGACUUCUCUUCACCUCUUACCUGACAGCCACCGGCGAUGACCAUUUCUACGCUGAAUACCUCAUGCCGGCCCUGCAGAGGCUGCUAGACCCAGAAUCAGCCCACCGCCUCGCUGUUCGCUUCACGUCCCUGGGGCUCCUUCCUCGAGCUCCAUUUCAGGACUCUGACAUGCUGGAAGUGAGAGUCCUGGGCCGUAAAUUCCGAAAUCCAAUAGGGAUUGCUGCAGGAUUUGACAAACAUGGGGAAGCUGUGGAUGGCCUCUACAAGCUGGGCUUUGGUUUUGUUGAGGUCGGAAGUGUGACUCCCCAGCCUCAGGAAGGAAACCCCAGACCCAGAGUAUUCCGCCUCCCGGAGGACCAAGCUGUCAUUAACAGGUACGGAUUCAACAGCCACGGGCUCUUGGUGGUGGAACACAGGCUGCGCGCCCGACAGCAGAAGCAGACCAAGCUCACUGCAGAUGGGCUGCCCCUGGGAAUCAACCUGGGGAAGAAUAAGACUUCGGUGGAUGCUGCUGCAGACUAUGUAGAGGGCGUUCGUGUCCUGGGCCCCUUGGCUGACUACCUCGUGGUGAAUGUGUCCAGUCCCAACACUGCUGGCCUGAGGAGCCUCCAGGGAAAGACUGAGCUGCGCCUCCUGCUGGCCAAGGUGCUGCAGGAGAGGGACGCCUUGAAGGGAGUGCGGAAGCCGGCCGUGCUGGUGAAGAUCGCCCCUGACCUCACGGCCCAGGACAAGGAGGACAUUGCCAGUGUGGCGAGAGAGCUGGGCAUCGAUGGACUGAUCGUCACAAACACCACAGUGAGUCGCCCUACCAGCCUACAAGGUGCUCUGCGCUCUGAGGUGGGAGGACUGAGUGGGAAGCCACUCCGAGAUUUGUCAACGCAGACCAUCCGGGAGAUGUACGCCCUCACUCAAGGCAGGAUUCCCAUUAUUGGGGUUGGCGGUGUGAGCAGCGGGCAGGAUGCGUUGGAGAAGAUCCAGGCUGGGGCCUCCCUGGUGCAGCUGUACACGGCCCUCACCUUCCUGGGGCCUCCUGUCGUGGUCAGGGUCAAGCGUGAGCUGGAGGCACUUCUAAAAGAGCAGGGUUUUAACACAGUCACAGAGGCCAUUGGCGCAGAUCACCGGAGGUGACAGCUCCUACCAGACGCCCCAUCCAAAACGGGCGUACCUCGAGCCCCCGGUGACUGCAUCAUGAGAGGAAGCUCUAUCUCAAGCCAUGAUCUUUGAACUGUAGGCCCAGCUGGACUGCAUAAGUGUCCCGGGUGUCACUAGACAGUGGAGGCGUUCUCUAAUGAGACCACAGACUCUAGUGUCGCUUUCUGGGUCUAAGUCCUGGGAUCUCUCGGUAGUAUAAGGACAUUGGCUCUUUGGGAGGAAAAAUCAUGGAGAAAAUAAAGCCAUUUA